UUCCACCGUACGAACGACUCGAAACGUCAACAGCUGGAUGUAUGAAGUGUGGCUGUGCGAAAGGCUAUUAUACCGAAGAUACUAACACAGUGUAGCUUUAAAUUUUUUGCCAUGUUUUUUAGUAAUCGAGAAUCGCAUCAAUUGAAAGCAUUAGCGUCAAAGCAGCAGCGGCUCUCUGUGUUAGACCUUUUGAGGAAAUCCGUUUGAGUGAUCUGCAUUUAACAGGUGAGAGCAGAGUUUAGUUAGUUAAUUCGUUAGUAGAUUCACGUUAAGUACUCCUUAAAAGACAUGGCCAGCAGUAUCAGUGGUAGUGUGGACAUGGAUCCAGAUGUUGCCCUGAGGCUUUUCGAGGAGGGAGCUACCCUCGUGCUUCUGGGUGUUCCUCAGGGUACAGAGCUCGGAAUCGAUUGCAAGAGUUGGCAAGUGGGUCCUCGUUUCCGGGGUGUUAAAAUGAUCCCCCCUGGUCUGCACUUCCUCCACUACUGCUCGUCAGGCUAUGGAGGACAAAUUGGCCCGAAGACAGGCCUCUUCCUCUCUCUCAAACCCAGAGAGAUCAUACUGGCCAACUGGGACGCCAAGGAAGAAGAUCUGGACUUCUCAGCCUCCAAGAAUGAAGAGGAGUUGAGUCGGAUUCGUGCCAGCUUGCGCGAGCUGGAUCCUUACCUGGGCCCCUAUCCCUAUGAGGUGAUGAGGAAGUGGGUGUCCCUCACUGACCGUAUCAGUGAGGAAAUGGCCAAAAACUUGCAGCCUCUCUCAGGUCGAGUAUGUGCAUUCAGUGACGUGAUUCCCGAGCUUCAGUUCACACACACCAAAGACAGGGCGGAGCAGCCGAGGAAUGACACGGCCUGUCAGAGCAUGAAAGAGGGGCUUGACAGGCUCCCCAAGAUGAAACAGAGGGAGGGUACGGAGUUGCGCUUCUCUGUCAUCCCUAAGAAGACCUACCCUCCCGGGGCUACGCCAGCUGAGAUCACCAAGUGCAGCAUGGACCUGAGCUACGCUCUGGAGACGGUGCUGGAGAAGAACCACAUGCAGGAGGCUCUUAACGUGCUAGGUGAGCUGCAGUUUGCCUUUGUGUGUUUUCUCUUUGGAAAUGUGUACGAGGGCUUCGAGCACUGGAAGUGCCUCCUCGCUCUGCUGUGCCGCUCAGAGGAGUCCAUUCUGAAGCGCAAGGACCUCUACCUGGGGCUCAUCGCCGUGCUCUACCACCAGCUUGGAGAAAUACCUCCUGAUUUUUUUGUUGACAUUGUAUCUCAGAACAACUUCCUUACCUCCACGCUGCAGGAUUUUUUCCAGUUUGCCAUUGGGCCUGGUGUAGAUGCCACCCUGCGUAAGAGAGCAGAGAAAUUCAAAGCCCACCUGACCAAGAAGUUCAGAUGGGAUUUCGAUUCAGACUUGGACGACUGUGAACCUGUUGUGGUGGAGCUGCCUGAAGGUGUGACAGUCGACUGAAACUACUCAAUGGACUCUGUGCUCACUGAGAAAAAGGAACACAGAAGGAGAGCCACAAAGUAUCUUAUGCUACAGUCACACUAGGGAAAACAGUGGGUGGAGACGACGGCAUGACCAAACAUUUUUGCAACUGACUGAUCUCAUUGGCUUUCAAAUAGUUGCUUUGAAGAUGGCGACCAAGUCUGUGAUCACUUGCAGACAGCUGCUAUCUUUAAAGUGGAUUUGGUGAUGGUAAUAAAAUGGCAAUACACUGAAAUUUACAUUAUGUACUUACAUUCAGAGUCCAGCUAGGACCUGAUAGUUUUGAAGCAUAAUUUCAGACAUUUCUACACGAAUGGUGACACAACUCUCCAGGAUGAUGAUUCAGCUGCAGAGUUACAUAAGCAUUCAGCAGCCUCGCAUUUAAAUUAGCAGCUGGCAAACAGUUGCAGAGAGAUGUCGUGAAGUCUGGUUCAGCAGACUGACUCAGAAGGAUUGUGUUGUGUUGAAUCUGUUUGUGUUUAUGAAUUAGACAGCAUACUUUCUCCAGUCUGUCUGAGAGUGAUUGCAGACAGAACCUAUUCAGUCAUUCUGAGGCUGAGCGUGUUGGUCACUGCGACUACUUCCAGCUGUUUGCUACCAUCAUUGUCUUUCUCCUAGUUACAAGGAAUCCUCAUAAUGUUAGUUUGUGUAGCUCUAUUAGUUCUUUUGCAGAGUGCAUUGAAAUGAUCGUGUGUGAGCUGCACUACACCUGUGGGGAAAAAAGCAUACUCACAAGAUUUACCAGGUUUUCUGAAAGGGUUGGAACUCAUAAAGUAAUGAUUUUCUUGUUAAAGUACUGCUUUGUUAAAUUUUGUUUUUAUUUUAUUUCUUUACUGUAAUCAGUUUAAUAAAAACAGCACUUCUGAAACAAAAUAUCCACCUGUGUCUGUUG